AUGCUUCAUAUCUUGGAUUUUGGCGAUAAAUGGAUAUCUUGGAUUAAAGCAUGCCUUAGUUCUGCUAGAGCUUCAGUGUUGAUUAAUGGUAAUCUUAGUGAGGAAUUUUCUAUUUUGCGCGGGCUUCAACAAGGUGAUCCUAUGGAACCAUUUUUGUUUAUUAUUGCUAUGGAAGGUCUACAUAUUGCUAUUGAUAACCUUGUCAAGAAUGGUGGGUUCGAGAGUGCCAAGAUUAGGCACAUGCGAUUGUCUGAUCUUUUUUAUGCGGAUGAUGUUAUGGUUGGGGGUGAAUGUUCGAUUGGUUGCAAAGUGGAGAGUCUUCCUUUUAAAUACCUUGGUAUACCCAUUGGUGCUAGCCCGAAGAGGGUCUCUACUUGGGAACCGAUUAUUUCAAAGUUUCGGAAACGUCUCACGAGGUGGAAAGCAAAUCUAAUGUCCAUUGGCGGAAGAUCUACAUUAGUUUCUUCGGUUCUUGGUUCCAUUGGUAAUUACUUUUUGUCUAUCUUUCAUAUGCCAAAAACUAUUAGAAAUAAAUUGGAAGCUUUGAGGUCUUCAUUUUUUUGGGGCGGGUCCAAUAAUAAGAGAAAGAUUCAUCGGGUUAAGUGGGACUCGGUUCUUACGAGUAAGGAAAGUGGUGGCAUUGGAAUUGGAAGCUUACAAACCAUGAACUUUGCCCUUUUAUAUAAGUGGAGAUGGCGAGGUUUGAAGGAGAGCGAUAUUCUUUUUCGAGUAAUUUCUGAUAUUCAUGGUGGAGAUUGCUUCUACAAUAUGUCUGCGAAAUCAAAAGGUACAUGGAAAAACAUAAUGCUAGUCGCGAAUCAAAUUCAUCAUAAGGCUAUUUUACCAAGGGAUGUCAUAAGUAGGAAAGUUGGCAAUAGGAAGUUAACUAGAUUUUGGAUAGACACAUGGUGUGGCAAUCAACAUUUAGCUUCCCGAUUUAAACGUUUAUUUGCCAUAGAUACUGUUAAAGAUUGCUUGAUUUAUGAGAGACAUUUAGAUACUUCCUGGACAUGGAAAUGGAGAUGCGACCUCAGGGAUGGACACGAAAAGGAGCAGCUUACUAACUUGCUGAACAUUCUGCCCAGUACAUUUACUCAUGAAGAUGACACCUGA